CUUUCUUUUACCACACAACAAAGCCCUCGUGCACCUCUUCAGCCAACACAACAUCACCACAAUGCCUCCCAAGAAGCGCAAACAACCAGCUGCGCUCGGUCCUGAGGUGCCUUUGACAGUUACCACCCCUCGAGGCAAGAUAUUGAACACAACUGCCGCCGCAGCUCGCCCCAAGCGUAACAUCGCUUCGACCAUGCCUCCUCCCGAUCCUCCGAGCGUCAAGAGAACUCGUCGCGCCGAGACUUCGUCGGCUUCUGAAGUUACCCCCAAGAAACGUGGUCGUCCACCUAAGGCUACAACUGCUACGCCCAAGGCCACCGUUGCUACUCCCAAGUCGGCUUCCACAGCCACGCCCAAGAGCCAUAGAAUCGGCGAAAGACAGAGUGCCAGGCUAGCAUCGACACCUGCUAGUGAGGAAGCCCCGCCAGCAUUGAGAAGGUCUCGCGUCACAAAGUCAGCCAAGUCGGCUCUACCACCUAUCAAGCGCGGCAGGGGUAGACCGCCCAAGGUCUCUGAGAAGAAGCAACCUAUUGUACCUGACAACGACGCUGCCGAGGAUGCUAACGACGACGAGAGCGGUGGUGUUGACUAUGACGACGACUCAACACACGAUGCCAACAUUACAGAGGCCACCACCAUCAUCCAGGCAGAUCGCAACUACUGGCUAAUGAAGGCCGAACCCGAGUCUCGCAUCGAAAAGAACGCCAACGGAGAGGAUGUGGAUGUCAAGUUUACCAUUGACGAUCUACGCUAUCGCACACAGCCCGAGCCGUGGGAGGGCAUUCGCAAUGCGCAAGCCCAGAACAACAUGAAAGCCAUGAGAGUCGGCGAUCUUGCUUUCCUCUACGAGUCGAACUGUAAAAAGCCAGGCAUCGUCGGUAUCAUGGAGAUUGUCGAAGAAGCUAGCCCUGAUUACCACGCCUUUGACAAGAACAGCGCCUACUACGAUCCUAAAUCUAACCCUGAAAAGCCAAAGUGGAUGCUCGUCCACGUUGCCUUUCGUCGCAAGUUUGACGAGAAAUUCACACUCAAGGAUCUGCAGAUGUUCUCAAAGCCAGGAGGUGCACUUGCUGGCAUGGAACUCUUCAAACAGUCACGUCUUUCCGUUACCAAAGUCGCUAGACCUCAGUGGGAGUUCAUCAUGAGCCAGAUCGGCGACGACGAUGAUGAUGAGGAGAUGCAAGACUUCGAUGCUUCCGUAGGCGCAGAGCGCGAUGGCGGAGACAUGGAAGCCGAAGCUGCUGGCGGAGGCCUCGACGAAGGCUUUGACGAAGGUGUCGACGGAGGAUUUGAGGAGGGUCUCGACGAGGGUCUUGAAGAUGGUCUCGACGAGGGACUGGACGAAGACACCGGCGACAUCGAAGGUUUCUCAAACACAGACUUGGGUAACGACUUUGCCGCCGCCUUCGAAGCCCCUGCUAACCUCCGCACUGCCACCGACGAAUCUGGUCCCGAUCCCACCGCCAACGAGAUCCCCGAUGUCGUUGACCAGAUGUCUGCUUACGCCAUGGCUCCCCCCUCAAGAGACGUCUCUCGCGAUGUCUCUCGCGGCCGCAGUCGCAGAGGUAGAGGUCGACCUGCUUCUGUGCCUGUCGACUAUUCUGAAGUCAUGCAUGAUGCUAGUGUGCCUGCUAAGCAUGCCGGCGAUGCUCCUUCUGCUUAG